GAAAAGAAAAUUCCAACACCACUCCCUGAUAAUCAUCAUCUUCUCUGUGUUCCUCUCGGUAGCCCUUUUCUUCUCUGGAACCACCCAUAUGAACUCCUGACCCGAUGCUUCCAUCCCGUCGAGUUCAACAAAGUUGUUAACAACGGUGGUUUCAUGAACUUGUUGAAGGUCAACCUUGGAAUGUUAAGCUUGUUGGCCACGUCAUGCACCCAUGGCGGAGUCGCCGUUGAUGAAAAGGAUAGGAGAGAGAAUGAAGGAAGAAAGGGGGAAAGAAAGUAAUGGGCGUCGAUGAUUGGUCACAACGGGUCUCCAUCUCUGGCAGCGGUUCUAUUUCUUCUCUAGCAACAAGGGCUUUCAUGAUGAACUUGUGUCCAAGCAGUGACAGUUUUUUUUUUAUUGAUAGUGUGACCAUUUUGUUUGAAACCAGGUCCCCAGUAGUGUCAAUUUUUAUUGAGCCCAUAGUCAUGGCAGUAGCAAUUAAUGGGUUGUGUUUAUGGUCUAAUGGCAGUGAAGAUUCAGACAUUAGUGGUGGACUGGUGGCGAGAGUACUUGAGCUAUGAUUGGGUUCUUCUUAUUUGAAAACUUAGAAAAUAAAAAACCACCCCAUAGGGUCCGUAAUUUUUAGUUGUAGGUUUCUAAAAUUUUAAAAAGACUUAAAUAUUUUGAAUCCAUGAUAAAUUAAUAAAUUUUUAUUUGUGUUCUUAAUAUUUUUUUUUUUGCCUUAAUUGUGCUAAUAUAUUUAUUUUUUCAUUUCAGUAUGUUGAUUUUGUAUUAGUCUUUUCGAAAAUUAUUUAAUUGAGACUAAUAACAAAUGUUACUUUGAUUGUGACACCACAAAACAUUCUAAUGUUGAAAUAAGAAUCUAAUAUAAAAAUAAGUUAAGCCAAAAUCUUAGUUGAGGUAGGAGUCCUUGGAUAUAAAAAUAUUUUGGUCACAAAAGUUGUUAGGUUGAUUAGAUGUCAGGUGAGAAGCCAUAUGGCUAGAUAUAUGUUGAGUAUUUGAUUGCUUGAGUUUGUUUAUCACUUGAAAUCCGAGAUAGCAAAAUUGAUAUUCUCAUGUUUAGGGGUUCUUAAGGUGAUUUUUGAUGGUCAAAAUCGCCUAUGUAAAAUGGGGAUAAUUUGACAAUAUUUGAUGGUGUAUUUAGCACAUGGUGUUGGUUAGAGUGAAACCCGAAGGAAUGUGGAGCAGGGCAGAUUGGAGUGGAGCAGGGCAAUUUUAAGGCCGUUGUAUUUGCUGCAUUCUAUUAUUCUCUUGUGAAUGAAUUACAAAACCAAAAAACACCCCUUUCUCUAACAUAUCCAUCCUCUCACGCAAUGCGAGGCCACGAUUGGAUCAAUUCCUGCUUUCCCGACGAGUUAAUCGUUGAAAUCUUCUCCCGCCUCCACUCCAAGUCCACCCGCGACGCUUGCUCCCUCGUUUGCCGCCGCUGGUUCCGCCUCGAGCGCCGAACCCGAACAACCCUCCGAAUCGGCGCCACCCACCUCUUCCUCCACCGUCUCCCCUCCCGUUUCUCCAAUAUCAGAAAUCUCUACAUCGACGAACGCCUUUCCAUUCCCCUCCACCUCGUCCGUCCGAUCAAUCUCCUCCCAUUCUUACAUCUCAAUUUGAAUUUGAAUUUGAAUUUCAUUUUCAUUUUCAUUUUUUUCCAGGGGAAAAGACGCCCGAACGACGAAGAGGGCGAUCUCGAUUCUCUCUGUUUAUCAGAUGCUGGUCUAUCUGCUCUUGGCGAAGGCUUCCCCAAGCUCCACAAAUUGGGCUUAAUCUGGUGUUCCAACGUCUCUAGCGAUGGUUUGACAUCCCUAGCUCGGAAAUGCACUUCUCUCAAAGCCUUGGACUUACAAGGUUGUUAUGUUGGGGAUCAAGGUCUGGCUGCUGUUGGACAGUGUUGCAAGCAGCUUGAAGACUUGAAUCUGCGAUUCUGCGAAGGAUUGACUGAUACUGGUCUGGUUGAAUUAGCCUUAGGUGUGGGGAAGUCGUUGAAAUCUCUUGGUGUGGCAGCUUGUGCCAAGAUAACUGAUAUCUCAAUGGAGGCUGUAGGGUCACAUUGCAGGUCCCUUGAGACCUUGUCGUUGGACUCUGAGUGCAUCCACAAUAAAGGGCUGCUUGCUGUGGCACAAGGAUGUCCAACUUUGAAGGUUCUAAAGCUGCAAUGUAUUAAUGUUACAGAUGAUGCUUUGCAAGCUGUAGGCGCUAACUGUCUGUCUCUGGAGUUACUGGCACUAUACAGUUUUCAGAGAUUUACUGAUAAGGGGUUGCGUGGCAUUGGGAAUGGAUGUAAGAAGUUAAAGAAUUUGACUUUGAUUGAUUGCUAUUUCAUAAGUGAUAAGGGUUUGGAAGCAAUUGCUAAUGGUUGCAAGGAACUUACACAUCUUGAAGUCAAUGGAUGUCACAACAUUGGAACUUUGGGGCUAGAAUACAUUGGGAGAUCUUGCCAGUAUCUCACUGAGUUAGCAUUGCUUUACUGCCAUAGAAUAGGUGAUGUUAGCCUUCUUGAGGUGGGAAAGGGGUGCAAAUUCUUGCAAGUUCUUCACUUGGUAGAUUGCUCAAGCAUCGGAGAUGAUGCCAUGUGUAGUAUAGCUAAUGGCUGCAGGAAUCUAAAGAAGCUUCAUAUUCGUCGUUGUUACAAGAUUGGGAACAAGGGACUCAUUGCUGUUGGCAAGCAUUGUAAGUCACUAACAGAUCUUAGCAUUCGAUUCUGCGAUAGGGUGGGAGACGGGGCUCUUACUGCAAUAGCUGAGGGCUGUUCCCUUCAUUAUCUGAAUGUUAGUGGUUGUCACCAAAUUGGAGAUGCUGGAGUGAUAGCCAUCGCAAGGGGUUGUCCUCAACUCUGUUACUUAGACGUGAGUGUACUGCAGAAUCUGGGUGAUAUGGCAAUGGCUGAGUUGGGAGAACACUGCACAUUGCUUAAAGAAAUUGUGCUUUCACACUGCCGUCAAAUUACUGAUGUUGGACUGACACAUCUUGUGAAAAGUUGCACAUUGUUGGAGUCUUGUCAAAUGGUUUAUUGCUCAGGUAUAACUUCAGCUGGGGUGGCCACCGUUGUUUCUAGCUGUCCCAACAUGAAGAAAGUCCUGGUUGAGAAGUGGAAGGUUAGCCAACGGACAAAGCGACGAGCUGGCUCUGUAAUUGCCUGCUUGUGUGUGGACCUUUAGACCAUAUACAUUUAUAUAUAUAUGACCUUGAGCCUUUUUCUGUUUGAUUUGUGAAUAUACAAAAAGCUGCCGGCAACUCUCAAUCUAAUCUUAUGGGUAUGAAAGAUGAGGCAAAGUAGGGUGCCUGGCUUUAUAGGAGUUGUAACAUGAGUAUCAAGAGUGCAGAAAGCAAUGGUUUAGAUAAAUAAAUGUUGUUUAUAAUAGCAUGGUCUAUAGGUAGAUAUAAAAAAAGUAUUAGGACCCUCAUAUUGAUUUAACACGUUAGGGAGAAAUCUUAUUAAGCAAAACUACUUUGUUUAUAUCUUAUUGCUCCAAGUAAAAAGCCACAAUUGUUCGAGAGAUCUUGUUCUUUGCUUGGAACUUGGAUUCUUUGUUGAAGUAGGGAUUUGUGCAUGGUUUCUGUAAUGUCUUCCCUUUCUGUUGCUCCUGUCACCCCUCCAAUUCCUGCCCCCUUACCCCAUCCAGACACUGCAGUUUAUCAGAUGACUUACAUGAGCAAGUCAGUUUUCUUUCUGGUAUAACGAGAAGGUCACUGCAACCUGAGCCACACUGUUACUCGAAUAUAGUUUAUCUUAUCAUAUAGAGAUUGUUGCAAAUUGUUCUAUGCAGGUCAUAAAUAUUUGGUGAAAAAAACAAUUUGUGAUGUUUAUUUAUUUCCUUCUGUUCUUUAUAAUUCAUUUAUCCGUGUAACCCAUCUCGCUUAGUGAGAUAAGACUUUUGUUGUUCUUUAUAAUUUAUUUAUUUCUGUAAUCGGCACCACCCUGCGUUCGGGGUCUC